AUGGAAGAAAUUUUCCAAACGUUGCUCAAGCAGAUGCAAGAGCAGCAGCACAAAGACAAUCUGGCCAUGCAAACGUUGGUCUCGCAGCUACUAUCACAGCAGUCAGUAGCAACACCUAACCUAGACAAUGUUAAAGUGGAGAGCAAAAGCCCAGAAUUUAUAAUGGAAGCACUCGCAUCCAACAUUACUGAGUUUUGCUUUGACAUCGAAAACAACCUCACUUUCGACACAUGGUAUGCUCGUUAUGAAGAUCUUUUCGAAAUCGAUGCUUCAAAAUUGGACGAUGCAGCCAAAGUCAGGCUUUUAUUGAGAAAACUCAAUUCCAUCGUUCACAGCAAGUAUAUCAACUACAUUCUGCCAAAGCACCCUCGUGAUCAUACGUUCAAGGAAACUGUGCAGAAGCUCACUCAACUAUUUGGCUUCCAAACAUCACAAUUCAAUCUUAGAUAUAACUGUCUACAGCUCACAAAAGAAUCACAUUGUGAUUUCAUCACAUACGCAGGUAUAGUGAACAAGCAUUGCGAACAGUUCAAGCUAAGAGAUCUAACCCUAGAUCAAUUCAAAUGCUUGAUAUAUGUAAUGGGAAUGAAAUCAGCAUCUGACUUCGAGGUCCGCACCAAAAUGCUGACAAAGUUGGACAGUGAAGGUUCUACCAUUACGUUAGACAUUUUAUCAAGAGAGUGUCAACGUUUAAUCAAUUUAAAAACAGACACAGCACUUAUCGAGAAUGCAAAAACCGAUGCUGUAGUGAACCGACUACACACAACAAACAGCAGUAGCAACAAGUCAAAAGCUAUACCAAAAUCUCCAUGCUGGUUCUGUGGAAACAUGCAUUUCGCCCGCGAUUGCUCAUAUACAAAACACAAAUGUGGACAAUGUAACAACAUAGGCCAUAAAGAAGGGUACUGCAAUGCGGGGAAAAAGAAGAAAUAUCAAACUCACAAAAACAACAGACCUAAAGCAAAGACGAAUUUAAACAACAACAAAACAUUCAGGCCAGAAUUAAAAAGCAUUUUCAUCACCAACAAAAUCGAACCAUCACAGAGAAAGUACGUGAGCGUCAACAUAAAUGGUACAAACAUCGACUUGCAGUUGGACACAGCAUCCGAUAUUACAAUAAUAUCAGAGAAAAUCUUCAAAAAUAUUAAUGUUCCACGUGUUGACAAAGUUCCACACACAGCCCGAAGUGCAACCGGCAAAUUACCAUUGUCAGCCCAAUUUGAUUGCUAUGUCAAAUUCAGAACGAGACAGGCAUAUUCUACAUGUUAUGUCACUCCAAUCAAAAAUUUAAACGUCAUGGGGCUCGACUGGAUUAAGGCAUUAAAUCUUGAAGAAAUGUCAAUAAGUGCAAUCUGCAAUCAAGUCACAAGCGAAGCUGAAAACAAAAAAAACGUUUUCAACGAUUCUUUAGGCCUGUGUAACAAAACAAAAGCACACCUGGUGACAAUGCCAAACAUCCAACCAGUUUUUCGACCAAAGCGUCCAGUCGCUUAUGCUGUCAAAGAUCUCGUUGAAGCGGAGCUGCAGCGUCUACAAGACACCAAUGUGAUUUCGCCAGUUAACUACUCGGAGUGGGCCGCUCCUAUAGUUGUCAUAAGGAAAUCGAAUGGAAGCAUACGCAUUUGUGCAGAUUUUUCCACUGGUCUCAACAAUGUGCUCGAAAGUCAUCAGUACCCUCUGCCAUUGCCAGAGGAUAUUUUCGCAAGGCUGGCCAAUGCUAGAUUUUUUAGUCACAUAGACUUAUCAGAUGCAUUUUUGCAAAUUGAAGUCGAUGAAGAGUCAAAGCAUCUACUCACUAUAAACACACACAUGGGUCUCUUCCGAUACAAUCGAAUGGUGUUCGGAGUGAAAACGUUCCCGUCAAUUUUCCAACAAGUCAUGGACCAAAUGCUUGCUGGACUGUCAGGUGCAGCAGCUUACAUCGAUGACAUCUUUGUAUCCGGAACAGACUUGGAGGAACAUAAUCGGAACUUGCAUGAGGUUCUAUGUCGUAUCCAAGACUACGGAUUUAAGAUCAAAUUCGCUAAAUGCAGGUUUUUCGUCAAAGAGGUCAAAUAUCUCGGGUACGUUAUCAACCAACAUGGACUUCAUCCCGAUCCGGAACGUAUAUUUGCCAUCAACAACAUGCCAGAGCCAACCAACGUGUCAAAACUCCGGUCUUUUCUAGGUGCUAUAAAUUUUUAUGGAAAAUUUGUAGAUGACAUGCGACACCACAGAGGACCACUGGAUGAAUUGUUGAAGGCAAAUACAAGGUGGGUAUGGACAGAAGAACACCACAAUAGUUUUCUCAACCUGAAAAAGAUACUGUCAUCUGAUUUGCUCCUAGCUCAUUACGAUCCUAAGCAAAACAUUAUCGUGGCAGCAGAUGCCUCCAACUAUGGCCUAGGCGCAUGUAUUAUGCAUGAAUAUCAGGAUGGAACAAUUAAAGCGAUCUGUCAUGCAUCACGAUCGCUCACACCCACUGAAAAGGCCUAUAGCCAGAUUGAGAAGGAGGGUCUUGCUCUUGUUUUUGCUGUGACUAAGUUUCACAAAAUGACAGGAAUAGCCGUUCAUCAAGCAAAUCGUCUACAACGAUGGGCAGUCAAGUUAUUAGCAUACGAUUUUGACAUCAGUUUUAUUUCAACCAGUAGCUUUGGAUAUGCAGAUGUGCUCUCACGGCUCAUCGAUAAAAACAUCCAAGUAGCAGAGGAUUUUGUGAUUGCAUCAAUCAAAAUUGAACAGGAUGUAAAACAAAUUCUUGCAGACAAUCUCGGAAAUCUGCCAGUUACUCAUCAAAUGGUUAAGUUUGAAUCAGCGAAGGACAUCAUACUGCGUCAAAUAUUUCAUUUUGUGGCUAAUGGCUGGCCGAAUGAAAUCAAAGAAAAUGGUGAGUUAAAAGCAUUUUUCAACCGCAGGGAAAAUAUCAGCAUCAUCGACGGAUGUAUCAUGUUUGGUCAAAGAGUCGUCGUUCCAAAACUUUAUAGAAGAAGAGUUCUCAAACAACUCCAUCGUGGCCAUCAAGGUAUCGAAAGAACAAAAUCUAUAGCCAGAAGUUUUGUUUAUUGGCCAAGCAUCGAUGCUGAUAUCAAAAUACUCAUCCAAAAUUGUAACAAUUGUGCGUCAGCAGCCAAGAUGCCAACAAAAACAUUGCUUCAGCCAUGGCCUACACCAACAGAACCAUGGGAACGUCUCCAUCUGGACUACGCUGGACCAAUCGAGGGAAAUUAUUUUCUGGUUUUAGUAGACGCCCUCUCUAAAUGGCCGGAAAUAGUUGUGACAAAAUCCAUCACUACUCAGCGUACUUUAGAGAUUCUCAGCGAAAUAUUCUCCCGAUUUGGACUACCGAAGAGGAUCGUUUCAGAUAACGGGACACGCAGUUCAAGAGCUCCCAGUUUCAGCAGUACAUGGCAGAGAAUGGCAUCCAACAUCUUUGCUCCAGUCCGUACAACCCGAUGUCUAAUGGACAAGCCGAACGGUUUGUGGACACCUUCAAACGUUCUCUUCUGA